ACACUGUACGCAGCUGUCAGUUACAUCGAAAAGCAAAUACUGAGCGCAUAAUUGUUGUGCGGUUAAUUCCCUUUGUUAUUUUUUUAAAGAAAAUGCAUUUCCAACGUAUGCUAAUAAAGCUGGUUUUUCUUUUAUUACUUGUACACCAAGUUCUAGCAAAUAUCUGUGACAAAUAUUUGCGCGAGUUAGCACAAAAGCAAAGUGCAUUCGUGCAGUGCUCCACAUUGCAUGCAGUGCCGGUGAGGCUUUGCAUAGGUUGCGAAGACCCAUUUUCCGAUAUGCAAGGUGCUUAUAUGGUUAUGCGCGAAGAGAAGAAUUGCACAGAAAAAUUCUUCGACAAAGAUCGCAUCAACAUUGUUUCCACAACGCAAUCGAUUCUAACUGGUUUAUGGACAAAGGCUUAUUGUGAUGAUUGUUUUGCUAGUAAUAAUUCGGAUAUAUUCGACACAAAAAUAAUGGAUCUAGAAGAUUGUCUGCGUAAGAAUAAAGGUAAAGAAUGUCAGCUAUGUUUGACACAAUAUCUGGAUCUAAAUGAGUUUUAUCUCACUUUGGAUAAACAUAAUAAUGGACAAGUUUGUUACGACAUGCAGGAUUCGAUGAAUCGCACGAGAGCUCAUUGGUCCAAGGAUUUAAAUUGCUGUCAUCGCGAAUUUGAUAUGUUACUCUUUCUUGUUACGUGCUGUAUUGUAGUACUACUGCCAUUAUUAUUUUAUAGCACCACAUAUGCUUUAACAAAACGACAGGAGCGAUACCACGAUGUGUUUAUUGAAGAUCCCAGACACAAUGGCCCAUCGACAAGUGCUAUGGCCAGCAGUUCCGUUGCUGAUCUACCGAGCACAUCGUCAACGGCCACCUGUCCACGCGUACCUUCAAAGAAGAAUUUAACAAACAAUGAAGAGUUUACAUCUUCCGAUGACGAUGAUGAAUCAGUUGAGGCAUCGGACAUAAAAACUCGUAACAAAAUCGCAUAAAUUUAAGUCGUUUUUACUAUUAAAAUUAUUAUUAGAGACUUUAAAAUGUUGAAAUCCCAGCAUAUAAAACACAAUUUUAUAUUUUAUGUAUCGAAAUAAAAAUUUAUUUAAAAAUUAA